GUAUUCAAUAUGGCCGCCCACGGCGUCUGCUGUUUACCCAGUAACGUGAUACUCGUCAUAAAGUCCAGUAUCAAAAUUCUUUGUUGACACUGUCCAUUUACUGUACAAAAAUCGUAGAACCCCAUCAUUAAAAGACAUUAGUUUAAUCAUCAUCAGUAUUACAAGACGUCAGACAUAAGACAAUAUAGUACGGGUGCGUAUAAGGUAUGGCGCGCGAGUGUGUAUAUAUGUUUGAUCAAGAAUCGUAAAUAAAUAAUACUUAACUACAAAACGAAUAAAGAGACACGCAUAUUUACGUAAGAUACUCUAUCGUGAAUCGUUCAAAAAUCCAGAACAGCACUGAGAUGAGACGCUUGGAAAAGUACAUCAGCCAGUAUGAAUAAUUAUGUGCGAUACCAGACGUCUGUCAAUGCUAACGUCAUUAGGAAAUGUAAUAAUAACAAGAUAUUUCUUGACACUUAAAGACAAUAAACGUGAGAGUUUCUGAAAUAUAAAUUACACGACGUUCCAUGUCGUAUAAUUUCAAGUUUCGUGUGUAGCUAGUUAAUACUCGUCGCAAUGAGGUUAGAUGAGAUGCCAUUGCGACUGAGCUCGGACGAGCGGGAUUUUGAAAUGGAUGAGGAGACGGAUUAUCUUCUGCAACCAUCGGAAGAUAGUAUAAGACUGUUAACGUCAAGGAGCCGUCGAGUCAGGAAUUGUUCCAAGAUUCUAAAGAAUGUUUUCUGCGGAUGUUGCACAUGGAUGUGGAGCAGAUGUUGUAGAGAAAGGGAGCUUCGUGCACGUACCAUUCACAUUGGUCAACACAUGCAUGAAAAAUUUCCUACAAAUGUUAUUCGAAACCAAAAAUAUAACAUCAUCACUUUCCUUCCAAUGGUCCUCUUUCAACAGUUCAAAUUCUUCUUGAAUUUGUACUUUUUAAUUAUGGCCAUAUCGCAGUUUAUACCAGAUAUUAGAAUAGGAUACUUGUACACAUACUGGGGACCACUGUGCUUUGUUUUAACCAUAACAAUUUGUCGCGAAGCGGUGGACGACUUCAGACGUUACAAAAGAGAUAAAGAAGUCAAUGCACAAAAAUAUUACAGACUUGUAAAAGGUCUUGACACUCCAGAAUUGGUCCCCAGUUCGAAAUUACGCGUCGGUGACUUGGUAGUAGUAGAGAAAGGUCAAAGAGUGCCAGCUGAUUUGGUCCUGCUGCGUACUACGGAAAAAUCCGGUGCGUGUUUUGUAAGAACAGAUCAGCUGGAUGGUGAAACAGAUUGGAAAUUACGCUUGGCUGUACCAGCUACACAAAAAUUAGAAUCCGAUGCACAACUGUUUGACAUUAAGGCGAGUCUCUAUGUGGAAAAACCUCAAAAGGACAUCCAUAGCUUCAUUGGAACAUUUACCAGGUAUGAUGGAUACAGCAGCGAAGAGAGUCUUGGAGUAGAUAAUACAUUAUGGGCAAACACCGCAGUAGCUUCAGGCUCUGCGUUAGGGGUUGUUGUAUACACUGGUCAAGAAACUAGAUCAUUAAUGAAUCAUUCAGCACCAAGAUCGAAAGUCGGUUUAUUAGAUCAGGAGAUCAAUCAAUUGACAAAAGUUUUAUUUUGUGCAGUAAUUGGACUUGCCUUGGUUAUGAUGUGCUUGAAAGGAUUUAAUGGUCCCUGGUAUCGCUAUAUGUUCCGCUUCGUUUUGCUGUUUUCCUACAUCAUACCAAUUAGUUUGCGUGUCAAUCUGGACAUGGGGAAAACGUUUUAUGCUUGGUGUAUACAGAGAGAUAAAGAAAUUGCUGGUACAGUAGUGAGAACCACAACCAUCCCCGAGGAACUUGGUAGAAUAUCAUAUUUGCUGAGUGACAAAACCGGCACGCUUACGCAGAACAAAAUGGUUUUUAAAAAGUUGCACCUGGGUACAGUAUCCUUUGGACAGGAAACCUUUGACGAGAUUACAUCCGUCUUGAAAUUGUACUACUCCACAACGGAUUCGGAUACCUCGCCGGAAAAACCGUCUGUAGGUACUCUCGGUAAAGUAAGACGAUCUGAAAGUACCAGAAUCUACGAAGCGGUACACGCAUUAGCAUUGUGUCACAACGUCACUCCUGUGUAUGAUGAAUUAAAUGGAUCGAAUAAUUCGGACUCAGUAAGCGUUGAGACUGGCGAUACUGGAUCUAUACAAAGUCAAACAGAAGCUGAUCAACAUUAUUAUCCUCCGGAACAAAAGAGAAAUUAUCAGGCAUCGAGUCCUGACGAAGUGGCUCUUGUUAAAUGGACGGAAGAAGUUGGAUUGGCUCUUGUGAAACGUGAUUUAAUCUCAAUGCAACUUAAAGCACUUAAUGGAAAGAUACUAAAUUACACGAUCUUGCAAAUAUUUCCUUUUACAUCGGAAACUAAGCGUAUGGGAGUAAUUGUUAAGGAAGAGUCUAGUUCCGAAAUUGUCUUUUAUCUGAAAGGAGCGGAUGUUGUAAUGGCCGGCAUUGUACAGUACAACGAUUGGCUGGAGGAAGAGUGUGGAAAUAUGGCAAGAGAAGGUCUUAGGACUCUGGUUGUAGCCAAAAAGAGUUUAACCGAAGAACAGUAUCUUGAUUUUGAAGCAAGAUAUAAUGCAGCUAGAAUGUGCGUGAGUGAUCGCGUAUCUAGAGUAGCUGCGGUAGUAGAGAGUUUAGAAAGAGAAAUGGAAUUGUUAUGUGUUACUGGUGUGGAGGAUAGAUUGCAAGACAGAGUGAGACCGACCUUAGAAUUAUUAAGAAAUGCUGGAAUCAAGAUUUGGAUGCUAACGGGUGACAAACUUGAAACGGCAACGUGCAUAGCCAAGUCUUCUCGGCUGGUAUCCAGGACCCAAGGUCUCCACGUUUUCAAGUCUGUAAUAACGCGAACAGACGCUCAUUUAGAAUUGAACACCUUUCGCAAGAAGCAAGAUUGCGCUUUGGUGAUAAGCGGCGAUUCACUUGAAGUUUGCUUACAGUAUUAUGAGAAUGAAUUUUUGGAGCUUGCUUGCGGUUCACCUGCCGUUGUCUGUUGUCGUUGUUCGCCAACGCAAAAAGCUGAAGUUGUUAGUCUCAUCCAAACGCACACUGGUAAAAGAACAGCUGCCGUCGGAGACGGUGGAAAUGACGUCUCCAUGAUCCAAGCAGCUGACGCUGGCAUAGGAUUGGAAGGUCUCGAAGGGAAACAGGCGUCCUUGGCGGCGGACUUUUCAAUUCCACAUUUUAGUCAUCUUGCUAACUUGCUACUUGUACAUGGAAGGCGAAGUUACAAACGAUCUGCUGCAUUAAGUCAAUUUGUCAUUCAUCGUGGUUUAAUUAUCUCCACGAUGCAGGCUGUUUUUUCUGCGGUUUUUUAUCUCUCAUCCGUAGCACUGUAUCAAGGAUUCCUGAUGGUUGGGUACGCCACGAUAUACACGAUGUUCCCAGUUUUCUCACUAGUCUUAGACAAGGAUGUAUCGGGAAAGAUUGCAUUGACUUAUCCAGAACUGUAUAAGGAGCUUAGCAAAGGUCGAUCUCUAUCGUAUAAAACAUUUUUCAUGUGGGUUUUGAUAAGCAUUUACCAAGGCGGUGUGAUAAUGUAUGGUGCUCUCAUAAUGUUCGAGGAUGAAUUUAUUCACAUAGUUGCCAUCAGCUUUUCGGCAUUGGUUUUAACAGAAUUAAUAAUGGUCGCUUUAACCAUACGAACAUGGCAUCACAUAAUGGUUCUUGCAGAAGUUUUAUCGCUUGCUUUGUAUCUGUUAUCCUUGGUGGUUCUCAAAGAUUACUUCGAUGCGGAAUUCAUACAAACCACCGAUUUUCUCUGGAAAGUUCUGGUGAUUACAUUAGUCUCGUGCUUGCCUCUUUAUAUUCUGAAAUUCCUACGAAAGAAAUUUUCACCACCGAGCUACACGAAAUUGACAUAAGAACUUGUCACGAGCAUUUAUUGUUAGUAUCAUUAGUGGCAGCACUUUUUUCUUUUCAUUUUUCUCAUAAAAAGUGGUAAUCAAAGAUCCGCUUAGUUAGCCGGAUACGGAAUUGUUGCAAAGAUCAUGUUUAUAAAUGUUAAGCAAGUGAUUUGAAAGAUGGAAAACUUGCGAUGAGGCUAUUCAUUCUAAACUAAUGUUCAGUUUAUGUGAGAAUAUCGAGAUUAUUGUACGUCAUUCCGUUAUGUUGAACCAAUUAGAAUGACGUAUGGACAGCUUUUUUCUGGAAGCGCCAUAUAGCAUCUAGGAGGAACUCCUCUGUUAUUUUGAUAUCCCCUUUCAAUUUUAGAGUAUAACCCAGCUUCUCGGUUAUAUUGAAGCAUGACGUUGAUAAGAAAAAUAAAAUUACAUACAAAAAGAGAGAGUAGAUGAACAAAUUUCUGUGAGUGAUUGUGAUAAUGAUAAAAGUAUAGACGAAUUUUCUUUUUUAAUUUUCCAAAAGAUACUCUUAAUCCUUUUAUUUGAAAAUCAGUUGGGCUUUAUUCCUUUAAUAACCAUAGAAUCUUAAAGUUAUGCUAGAUCAAACAUUUUGGGCUUUUUUUAAACGCAUUUGAAGAAUCCAUGCUGACGCAAUUAUUAAAACGUUUAUACACUUGUGUUUAUUGCAUAAACAUAUAUGGAUAUUUAUGUAUGUAUUAUGUGAUAAGAGUCUCCAGAAUCUUUAUUACUCGAAAUAUUAGCCAUGCUGCCAAUAGAGAGCAACGUUAACUAAUGAUUGAAUAUUAGUCGCUGUAUCAUACGUUUUAAAUUAAUUUAUGUACCAAUAAAAUAAUAUAUUCACUCUAUUUCCUUUUAA